GAUAUUCUGUUGCGAGCAGAGGUGUGGAGGACUCUUCUCAUGAAAUAUCUCAGACUCGCUCAAUUGUAUCGUUGUAAAAGUGCUGGGGUUAGGAGAGAUGUAAUUGACUAUCAAGUAGUGCUGAUGACAGUGGAUGUAAACAAAAAUGCACAGCGAAUAAAUGAGAAACUACGACUAGGGGUGGUGGGAGAAGGCAUACGGGACUAUUCACAUUGUAUUCCACCCUGGUAACUGCUACACUGCUUGCUUGCUUUUGAUGUAGGUGCAAACCCAGGCAGACAGGAUCCUAAAUGGCUCCAGUAGGAAAGGAAAACCAACAAGUAUCGUUGCCCUUUCCGAAGACCCGAGACAAGCCAGAUUGGAAGGAAAACACUUUGCUAGCUGCAGGCUCUUUGAGCAGCAGUAAGAUCCCGGUGCUUUCCAAAAUCAGACACGCUCCAGAGUGGAGACAAUCCCAGCCACAGAAGUGAACUCAGACGAGUUUGUGUCUGACCCAGAAGCUCUUGCUAGCAUACUAUCCAACACAGGGCUGACCCACCAGAUGGUGAGUGUAGCACACAAGCCCAGCCUAGCCCAGCGAAUUCCUCUGAAAGGGAAGAAAGCAUGUUUAAGCAGCAUUGGGAAUGCCCAUAGCUCCCUGGGUACAGAGACUCCUGCAAUGAACCCUUUUCGCAUGUCCCAUAUCUCUACGUCUGCUUCAACAGAUAUGGAUCGCCCACAGUCUUUGAGCCUUGGCUUAAAUACUCAACAACUUAAAACGUUGUCAACCACACUCAAGAAUUGGAAGCCCGGGGUGGAGAAGGCAAAGGUGAACCAACUCACAAGGACCGUGGAAGGGGACAGUUCAGCGUCCAGUCUGGAGGCAAAACAGCCGAACAACAUUGCUGGGGGCAAGCUGCCAACACAAAGCAGUUCAGUUGGCAGGAAGGAAAUCGCAGGAACCUCUUGGAAGGAGGAAGAGUUCACGCCAGACCCAGCAGCGAAAGCAAGCAUCCUUUUGAACAUAGGCUUGAGCCACUCCGCCUUUGGGGCCACAGGCAAAGUGAGCCUGGCCCAGCGGGUACCGCUGAAAGAUGCUCAGAAACAAUCAGGAAGGUGCGACAGUGUGCAGGGGGAAGAUCUCGCUCUGUCCCAGCCCCGCACAACUGUUAGGUCAGCAGGGAAGUAUGGCCGUGUGUCCUGCCGUACUACUCCAGGCCCUAAAGCUCUAGAGAAGCUGGAAGCUUCUGGAGCCCAGCAAACAAAUACACCAUUUGGGAGGUGUUCCAAUGCUGAAUGGUCACCUUAUGGACUAGCCAGAAGAGUUCCCAUUACUAACUCUCAACCCUUGCGCCGUGCGACCUGGACACGUCACCGUAUACGUCAUACUGCCUGUACCACGGACAAAAGGGUGGGUACCCAUCAGUUAAAAAAGACAUAG